AUGUCCACUCCACUUGAAACUGCGACAACCAUCGCCGAGACCGAUCCACGAAAGAUGGCCAGCUACGACGUUGAAUCCACCACAGCACAAGAGUCCAAGCUCGAGCUGGAGGGACAACAAGGACGUGCAAGCCUCGAGAUUCCAGAACAAGGUACCAUCAUCGAGAACUAUGUCGCUCCUCAGUCGUUGAAGAGCAUCCUCAAGAGGCUGGCCACGGCCGGAGUUGAGCUGCGUGGGCUCGAGCCAGUCCCGCUCCAGGAAAGGACGCACACAAAGUACUACAACGUCUUUACGCUGUUUGGUGGUAGUUUCAUCUCGCUGCUGCCGAUUUCCAUUGGCUCUACGCCGACAUUGGUCUUCGGCCUGUCGUUCAGUCAUGCUGCGGCCAUGAUUGUGACGAUGCAAUUUGUUUUCAUCCUCCCGACGCUGUAUAUCCUGACUCUCGGCCCGCUACUCGGCAUGAGGCAGUCGGUCCAGUUUCGAUAUGUCUUUGGGAAAUAUCCAAACAUGCUGUUCUGUGUAAUUGUGGUUGUCGAGAUCGGUAUCUUCGGUAUCCUAGCUGCGGUCGGGGGCGCCGAAUGCUUGUCCGCAAUCAGACAGGGCACUCUUCCGAUCGAAGGGUCCAUCAGCAUCAUAAUGGUUACCGCAAUCCUGAUCAGCUUCUUUGGAUACAGAUGCCUUCACUUAGUCUGUCAAUACAUCUGGAUCCCAAACACCAUUUGUAUCUUGGCCUUGGUUGGUUGCGCUGCGAAAGGCCUGCAAAAUCAGGCCGUUUCGGUAUCAAACGGUAUCGCAGGGCCAUACUUGUCAACCCUGGCACUCUGUGCAGGCAAUAUGGCCACUUGGGGUACGAUCGUCGGCGACUACUCAUGCUAUAUGCCUCCCACGGCUCCGAGGGUGCGACUGGCUCUGUACUGUUUUCUAGGUCUUUACGUACCAUUCACCCUGAUGAUGCUGUUAGGCGCUGCCAUUGGUGGUGCCAUACCUGCGAACGAGACAUGGCUUGCGGCAUAUGGAACGGGCAGUUUCGGCGGUGUUUGUGGCGAAAUCCUAAUCUCGCGAGUUGGAAAUUUUGGCCGCUUCCUCCUGGUCCUUCUGGGUUUCUCCAUCGUCACCACUUCGGCACGAGACAUGUACAGCAUUUCGAUCUUCGUGGUUGGGAUCGUUCCUUGGUUGCACAGAGUUCCACGUAUUUUUCUACUGUUCCUGGUCGCUGGAGCGAUGAUCGGGAUCGGAAUUGCAGCUUCUCGCUCCUUCCUGCCCAGUCUCAGCGCUUUGGUCAGCAUUGCAGGCUACAUCACCGGUCCAACAAUCAGUAUAUUUUUGGUCGAGUGGUUCGUGUUUCGCAAAGGCAAUCCCGCGACCAUGGACCCUGCAAUCUGGAACAACCGCAAAGCACUACCGUGGGGAUAUUCGGCACUGGUUGCGUGUACCGUGCCAUGGGUGCUCAUCGUUCUCUCCAUGUCAACGACAUGGUAUGUGGGACCCAUAGCCAAGAACUCUGGAGAUCUGGCAUAUGAACUCGGCGCGGCGUCGUCCAUUCUUCUGUAUCUUCCCUUGCGGGCGGCCGAGGUCAAAUACAGAGGCAGGCUGUGA